AUGGGGAAUUCUUUUGGGUGCUCUGCAUCAGGAGAAAGGUUGGUAUCGGCUGCAAGAGAUGGAGACUAUGUAGAGGCCAAGAUGCUAUUGGAUUGCAAUCCAUGCCUUGCAAAGUACUCAACUUUUGGUGGAUUAAACUCUCCUCUUCACUUUGCUGCUGCUAAAGGCCACAAUGAGAUUGUGGCAUUGUUGCUUGAAAAUGGAGCUGACGUGAAUUCAAGAAAUUAUUGUGGGCAGACAGCAUUGAUGCAAGCGUGUCGAUACGGCCACUGGGAAGUUGUUCAAACUCUUCUUCUCUUCAGAUGCAAUGUAACAAGAGCGGAUUAUAUUAGUGGCAGGACUGCUCUACAUUUUGCUGCAGUGAAUGGACAUGUGAGAUGUUUGCGACUACUGGUUGCUGAUUUUGUUCCCAGCGCUCCAUUUGAACCUGUAAAUGCCCAAUCAAAUGGUGGUAGAGGGGAUAGCUUGAAUACUAAAAGCAAUCCUGAACUGAGCGCUCUCUCCAAAUUUGUAAAUAAGGCUGCAGACUGUGGUAUUACUGCUCUUCACAUGGCUGCAUUGAAUGGAUAUUUCGACUGUGUACAGCUUCUACUUGACCUUCGUGCCAAUGUGUCUGCUGUGACAUUCCAUUAUGGAACAUCUGUGGAUAUGAUCGGACCUGGAAGCACUCCUUUGCAUUAUGCUGCUUGUGGGGGAAAUUUAAAAUGCUGCCAGAUCCUUCUUGCAAGAGGUGCCAGUCGUUUGGCAUUGAACUGCAAUGAAUGGCUUCCUAUUGAUGUUGCAAGGAUGUGGGAGCGUCAUUGGCUUGAGCCACUGCUGGCGCCUAAUUCUGACUUCACCCUCCCAGUGUUUCCACCUUCUAACUAUUUAUCAUUGCCACUCAUGAGUGUGCUCAACAUAGCAAGAGAGUAUGGGUUGCAGUCCUCGGCAACCGUUUCUGAUGACAAUGAGAUUUGCGCAGUUUGCUUGGAGAGAGCAUGUACAGUAGCUGCCGAAGGAUGUGCACACGAACUCUGCAUAAAAUGUGCAUUUUACCUUUGCUCAACCAGUAACUUCCGUUCUGAAUCAUUAAUACCUCCUGGUUCCAUUCCCUGUCCUCUUUGCCGACAUGGCAUUGUCUCUUUUGUUAAAUUGCCUGGUUCCUCAGGAAAGGAAAUUAAAUUACCUCAAUCACUUGGCUUAUGCACUCCAUGCGUCCUUCACCACAGAGAACAAGACAUAUCAGAUGCUUCUAGCUCACUUGAUAUGAGAAAGAAAUGUGCAGCUUCUGUUUCUUCGGAUAUUUUCUGUCCGGUUACUUGUAGUCCAUUUCCCUCUGUUGCAAUCCCUCUGUGCAUAUGCAAUGAAGGACCUUGUCAGAAUUUUGAUUCCAGAGGAAAUGAAACUCAAGAAGAACCGUCUCGUCAUUCACAAUCCACCGUGAGUGAACAGGUACAAGCUGAAGGAAUACGAUUGGAGAAAACAACAUGUUCGAGUAUGUUUUGGGGUAGAAGAAGCUGCAGCAGGGAGCAUCAGUGUAAUGCUGAAAUAAGUGCAUGA